AACUUGCCGUUUAUGGAUCUACCCAAUCAAAACAAUGGGUAUGAAUCCCCAAGGCAAACCGAGCAGCAAAACCUGAGCUCCCAAAGCACCACUCUGCCCCUGGUGGGAAAUAAAUUUCCCGUCACACUUGACGUAACAUAUCUUAACCGACAAUUAAACACGGGAAAGUGGAGCUCUAACAUCAGCCUAUUCUGAUUGUCUCCUACGCAAUCCAGACCAUGUCGGAGAAGCAGCUGAUCGUGGCUGUUGAAGGCACCGCCGCGAUGGGCCCCUUCUGGCAUACUAUCGUCUCUGAUUAUCUCGAAAAAAUUAUAAGGUCUUUUUGUGGUAAUGAGUUGGCUGGGCAGAAGGGCUCUACUUCUAAUGUUGAACUCUCGUUGGUCACCUUCAAUACCCAUGGAUCAUAUUGUGCUUGUUUGGUACAGCGGAGUGGGUGGACAAAAGAUGUUGACAUCUUUUUACAAUGGCUAUCAACCAUACCUUUUGCUGGUGGUGGUUUCAAUGAUGCUGCAAUAGCAGAAGGGCUUUCUGAAGCGCUAAUGAUGUUUUCUGUUGCCAAUGGAAGCCAAAAUCAACAAAAUAUUGAUGGGCAAAGGCAUUGCAUUGUGGUUGCUGCAAGUAACCCUCACCCCUUGCCCACACCAGUUUAUCGACCACAAAUGCAGAAUAUGGAGCAGAGUGAAAAUAUUGAAAUACAGACAGAAAGUCGCCUAUCUGAUGCAGAGACAGUGGCUAAAUCAUUUGCUCAGUGCUCUAUUUCUUUAUCUGUCAUAUGUCCAAAACAGCUUGCUAAACUUAGAGCAAUCUACAAUGCGGGAAAGCGCAAUCCCAGAGUGGCCGAUCCACCAGUUGAUAAUGGUAAAAACCCUCAAUUUCUUAUUCUGAUCUCGGAGAAUUUUAUGGAGGCUCGUGCUGCUCUGAGUCGUUCAGGAGUUACGAAUUUGGGUUCCAAUCAAAAUCCUGUAAAAAUGGACAUGGCUCCUGUUACUUCAGUUACCGGGCCAUCUCCAACUUCUAUUCCAUCAGUGAACGGAUCCAUGAUGAGCCGGCAACCAAUUUCUGUUGUAAAUGUUCCUACUGCUACUGUAAAAGUUGAACCAAGCACUGUAGCUCCCAUGGUAAAUGGAUCUGCUUUUCCACAUAUUCCAUCUGUUCCUCGUUCUACUUCUCAAGGAGUCUCUAGCUUGCAGACUUCUUCACCACCUUCUACGUCCCAAGAGAUGAUCACAAAUGGUGAUAGCGUGCCAGAAGUAAAACCUAUUGUCAGUGGCAUGUCACAGCCCUUGCGUCCUGUGCCACCUGCAGCAGCGAAUGUGAGCAUACUGAACAAUCUCUCUCAAGCACGACAAGUGAUGAAUUCUGCAACCUUGACGGGAGGAACUUCUAUCGGACUCCAGUCAAUGGGUCAAACUCCUAUGGCUAUGCAUAUGUCAAAUAUGAUAUCCACUGGCAUGGUUUCAUCAGUGCCUGCUACUCAAACUGUUUAUUCAUCUGGACAACCGAGCAUCACUUCUAUAACUGGAUCAGGGACUCUUACUGGGACUUCACAGGUUCCCCAAAAUUCAAGUCUUAAUUCUUUCACGUCUGCAACUUCUAAUAUGUCUGGAAAUUCAAACCUUGGGAUUUCACAGCCAAUGGGUACUCUUCAAGGAGGUGUUAGUAUGGGUCAAUCUGUACCUGGUAUGAGCCAGGCAAAUCAUUCAGGAGGACAAAUGGUACAAAGUGGAAUUAGCAUGAAUCAGAAUAUGAUGAGUGGUCUUGGUCCAUCAGGAGUCCCUUCAGGAACAGGCACCAUGAUUCCUACUCCAGGAAUGUCUCAACAAGCACAAUCCGGAAUUCAGCCUCUUGGUGUGAACGGAAGUUCAGCAGCUAAUAUGCCAUUGUCACAACAAACAUCAAGUGCUUUGCAAUCAUCUCAAUCCAAAUAUGUCAAAGUGUGGGAGGGAAAUUUAUCUGGACAGAGACAAGGGCAGCCUGUCUUUAUCACCAAACUGGAAGGUUAUAGGAAUUCAUCAGCUUCUGAGACGCUUGCAGCAAAUUGGCCUCCAACAAUGCAAAUAGUUCGACUCAUAUCUCAGGACCACAUGAAUAACAAGCAAUAUGUUGGAAAGGCAGAUUUUCUAGUUUUUCGGGCAAUGAAUCAGCAUGGGUUUCUUGGACAACUGCAAGAAAAGAAACUUUGUGCAGUCAUCCAAUUGCCAUCACAGACAUUGCUGCUGUCCGUUUCUGACAAAGCCUGCCGUUUGAUAGGAAUGCUUUUCCCUGGGGAUAUGGUAGUGUUUAAACCACAAAUACCCACCCAGCAACAACCGCAACACCCACAGCUGCAAUCGCAGAUGCAACACCCACAGCUGCAGCAGCUGCAACAGCAGCAGCUUCCGCAGCUACAACACCAACAGCAGCUUCCACAGCUGCAGCAGCAGAUCCCGCAGCUGCAACAACAGCAGCAGCUUCCACAGCUGCAACAGCAGCAGCUGCCUCAAAUGCAACAACCACAGCAGCUAUCACAGCUUCAACAACAACAGCAGCUACCACAGCUGCAGCAACAACAGCAACUGCCCCAGAUGCAGCAACAGCAGCAAAUUCAACAGCCACAACAGAUGGUUGGUUCUGGCCUGGGUCAAGGCUAUGUUCAAGGUCCAGGUCGUACACAAUUAGUUUCUCAGAAUCAGGUUUCAUCACAAGGGCCUCCUAGCAUGCCUGGAGGCGGCUUUAUGAGCUAAUUACCUUUAGUUUUUCUGGAAAAGGAUAUUUGUGCAUAAGAAACAGGCCCUCUAGAGACCAAUAGUAUGCCAAUUCAGCUCAUGAACGAGGGUGCUUAUCUGCAUGGCUUGCCUUUAAGUUAAAUGUGACCUUAUUUUAUUAAGUGUUGUAUUCCAUUUGGAUUUUAUGUUGGAAAAUCUAAUUAUUUUUAUGGUAAGUGAUUAAGGAUAGAAACAUGCACACACUUACUUCACAAAUAGCUGUUCAAUAGCGAAA